AUGGAUUUGCUGGGUGAGUUGGGAGGCUUCCAUACGCUGCAGCUUAUGGAGUUGGCGGGUCUGGCGGUGGCGCAUGCGGUGGCGGCGACGUAUCCAGCGGCUCAGGCCAAGCGUGUGGUGGUGGUCUCGGGCGGCGGAAACAACGGUGGCGAUGGCUUCAUCGCCGCUCGCCAUCUCGUCCAUAUGGGCUACGAGGUGAGCGUGUGGAACCCGUACACGUCAAGCCGGUCUGAGGAGCUCUUUGAGCGGCUCCUGCAUCAGUGCGCGGCACUCGGGAUUCCCAUCUCGCGCUCGGCCGACGACGGGCCUGCCCUCGACGACUUUGAUCUCGUUCUCGACGCUCUGCGGGCGCCGCUCGACGCAGUGGUGGCGGCGAUGGCCAGGUGUGACAAGCCGGUGGUCUCAGUCGACGUGCCGUCGGGUUGGGACGUUGAUGCCGGCGACGUCAACGGCGUCGGCCUUUCGCCGGCGGUCCUCGUCUCGCUCACGCUGCCCAAGCUCUGUGCACUGCACUUUGACGGGACGCACAUCAUCGGCGGCCGCUUUGUCCCGCCGGACGUGGCCGCCAAGCACAAGCUUGCGCUGCCCGACUACCCCGGCGCAGCGACAAUCGCUACACUCUGA